GCUUUGUUGUUUGUCCCUGCAGGGCUGAUUGAGCAGCGCGUGACUGACGGCCCGCGGGGGUGUUGUCCAAUCAGCGGUCUGCCCCGCGCCCAAUGGGUGAGUCCUCGCUGCUAUUGGCUGAGGCGAGUGUGGGAAAGAAUGCAGAGAGGGAUUCACACGAACUGGGAGCACGCGAGCCGUCUAUAAGUAGCGCCGCGGCGUGUGUCGGGCUGCAGAAGCGUAUCUCGGCCCGCACGGUGCAGCGCACGCCCCAGCACUCAGAUGACAGCUCAGCGAUAACACAACGCAAACCGAUCGGUGGGACUGCCAGCCAUUUCUCUUAUGUUCUGCAGCGGCUAAACCUGAUUUUUUGGUAAACAUCUCUGCAGUUUUUUUUUUAUUUCCCCCGCGCUUCCAAAGAGGAUUUACUUCUUUACACUUUUUGUCUGGUUUGAUCAACAAUGCCAGCUGACACUAUGGAAAAGCAGACGGCAUCUCCUAUCGCCGGUGCCCCUGCAAACGGAUCACACACUCCGGACAAACCUAAAAAUGCUAGCGAGCAUAGAAAAUCAUCCAAACCUAUCAUGGAAAAACGCCGGAGGGCAAGAAUAAACGAAAGCCUUGGACAGCUGAAGACUCUAAUCCUGGACGCACUUAAAAAAGAUAGCUCCAGACACUCUAAGUUGGAGAAAGCGGACAUCCUUGAAAUGACAGUGAAGCACUUGAGGAACCUGCAGCGCGUCCAGAUGAACGCAGCGCUCUCAGCAGAUGCCACCGUCCUGAGCAAGUACAGAGCCGGAUUCAACGAGUGCAUGAACGAGGUCACCCGCUUCCUGUCCACCUCAGAAGGGGUGAACACGGAGGUGAGGUCUAGGCUCCUCAACCACCUGUCCAGCUGCAUGGGCCAGAUGAUGUCCAUGAACUAUCCGCAGCAGGCCACAUCCCAGCAGGCGCACCUGGCUCAGCCCCUUCAUGUGCAGCUCCCGUCCACUCUGCCCAUCAGCAGUGCUACUAAACUAAGCCCUGCCGAGGCCGUAUCCCCCAAGGUGUUUGGUGGGUUCCAGCUGGUGCCCGCAACCGAUGGACAGUUCGCUUUUUUGAUCCCUAACCCGGCCUUUGCCUCUGCUACAGCCCCAGUCAUCCCCCUUUACGCAAAUGCAGGAGUGCCUGUUGCCCUCAACGCCAGUCCGGUUCAUGGCAGCUCAGCACCGACUGCAGCAUCUCCUGUCCACGGCAUGACGUCCUUCUCCGGAGGACCCCAAGCUGUCAGCCCGGUUGGGGUCAGCGCCAGCUCGGAGGCCAAUGAGGCCGUGUGGCGGCCUUGGUAACGCAAGGGACAAGAGACUUAUGUGAGACUAGUUUGCUUCGCUUUUCCAGUUUAGACAUUUAACUGACCGCGCGCGCACAUACACACACACACACACACACACACACACACACACACACACACACACGCACACACAUACACGCACACACGACUGUCGCGGGAGUUAAAACAUGGAACUUUUCCGGGAAGGUAACUCAAACCACUUAAUACCUCCCAGUAGUUGUCAUUGUUUCGUUUUAUGGAACAUUGGUUGUCUUAAAUGGCACAUGUUUUUUAUAAUUUAUUUUCUGAUUCCAACAUUUGGAGGUCGGUGAUAAAUGCUGUACAUGCAGAUGGAAGAUUUAUAGGAAAUUUUUGUUAUGAAGUACUUUUUAUGAAAAGGUUUAGUUUUGUACAGAGUUGUUAUUGAUUGUUAUACCAAAGCGGUGUUUUAUAUUCUUUGUUGUUUUGUGUUGAAAAGAAAAACUGAGGUUGGGUGAUGGCCCAUUGUUUGAAAUAAACAAGAUUUUAAAAAUCGA